UUGGGGAUGGAACCCAGGGCCUUCUGUGUGCUGGGCAAGUGCUCUAUCACUGAGCUAUACCCCUCCUGCUCUCAUUUAUUACCAUAAAGUCAUUUGGAUUUUAUAGGUAAAUAAUCACAUAAUUUUCUAUUUUAUAUUUCUUCAGCAUUUACAUCAGUUGUUUAAAUUUCUUAACUUUUGCAUUAACUAGAAAUUCUAAAAUGGGUAUUGAAUAAUUGGUGGUAAAAGCUGGCAUCUUGCUGGGCAUAGUAGCACACUCCUGUAGUCCCAGCGGCUUGAGAGGCAGAGGCAGGAGGAUUGCAAGUUUGAGGCCAGCCUCAGCAAUGGCAAGGUGCUAAGCAACUCGGUGAGAUCCUAUCUCUAAAUAAAAUACACACUAAGGCUGAGGGUGUGGCUCAGUGGUAGAGUGCCCCUGAGUUUUUAAAAAAACAACAAAACUGGAAUCUUGUUCAUGUUCCUGAAUUUGAAUUGUUUCUCAUCUCUUAAAAAUCAUGCAUGCUGUUAUUUUUUCAUUGGUCUAUUAUGUUUAAGUAGCUUUCUCAUAUUAUGUUAGAAUAAUUUUUAGAAAUAAUAGCUAAAAUUUAUCAAAUGUUUGGAUUUUCUUUUUAGUUUGCUGAUGUAUUGAAUUAUGUUCAUAAAUUUUUCUGAAGUUUAAUUUCCUUGGAUUCUUGGAAGAAAUGAAAUUUGGUCACACCCAUCACAGGUUCAUUUGUUUUCUUCUCAUUUACGCCAGGUGAACUGUGUGACAAAUCACACAUUAUCCUUUUGGUUCUGAACUAAAAAUCUGGGCACUGUUCUUAAAAACUUCCCUUUCCCAAAGCUAUCUCAUCAGCACACUCUGUUGUAUCCAUGUCCAGAAUAGGUCUUUUUGCUUUUUAAAUUUUAAACAUUUUUAUUAUGGUAAAGUAUACCUAAUAUAAAAUUUACAGUUUUGACCAUAUAAAGUGUAUAAUUCAAUGGCAUUAAGUAUAGUUAUGGUGUUUAAAUUUCAUUAAGUACAGUUACAUCAUCUGGCUCUAUUUCCAGAACUUGUUCAUCUUCCCAAAUAUCCAUUUAACACUAAGCCCAUGUCCCCAACUCCUCCCCAAGCCCCUGGUAACCUCUACUGUAUAUUUCAACUAUACAAUUUAAUCCACUGUCAUGUAGGUUUAUUCACAUCACUCAUUACUUUGAGCUUUAUUUCUUUGUAGCUAUGAAGGAGAGAAAGUCCGAGGACUGUACGAAGGAGAAGGCUCUGCAGUCUUUCAAGGUGGUUGUACCUACCAUGACAAAACAGGAUCAUAGACUGCAGUAUGACAUUUCUGGGCUGCACUCCUGCCUGCCAGCCCUGUCUGUGGGUAUGUUUUCAGAAGGAUUCAUGCAUGGACAAGGGACUUACAUUUGGGCUGACGGAUUGAAGUAUGAGGGGGAUUUUGUGAAGAACAUUCCUAUGAACCAUGGCGUGUACACUUGGCCAGAUGGCAGCAUGUAUGAAGGGGAAGUGGUGAACGGCAUGAGGAACGGAUUUGGGAUGUUCAAGUGCAGCACACAGCCUGUGUCCUACGUCGGCCACUGGUGCCAAGGCAAGAGACACGGGAAGGGCUCCAUUUAUUACAAUCAGGAGGGUACCUCUUGGUACGAGGGAGAUUGGGUCUACAACAUCAAAAAGGGCUGGGGAAUAAGAUGUUACAAAUCUGGAAACAUAUAUGAAGGCCAGUGGGAAGACAAUAUGCGCCACGGGGAAGGCAAGAUGAGAUGGCUGACGACAAAUGAGGAGUAUACUGGCUCCUGGGAGAGGGGAGUCCAGAAUGGCUUUGGAACACACACAUGGUUUCUCAAGAGAAUCCCCAACUCCCAGUAUCCUUUAAGAAAUGAAUACAUAGGAGAGUUUGUGAAUGGAUGUCGUCAUGGACAUGGAAAGUUUUACUAUGCCAGUGGAGCCAUGUAUGCAGGAGAAUGGGUUUCCAAUAAAAAACACGGCAUGGGUCGAUUGACUUUCAAGAAUGGGCGCGUGUACGAAGGCCCGUUUUUCAAUGACCACAUAGCACAGUUUCCAGAUCUUGAAGUUGAAUUUAUAAGUUACCUGGACCUGCCCGUAGAUGAUGCCCAAAUAGACAGGCAACGCAAAUCUUCUGAUAGUGCUGAAAUUAUCAGAAAGCUUGAUGGCAGUAAAAGUCGUUCUGUGUUAGGAUCAGGCAUUGAACUGGACCUAAAUGUGCUGCUGAACAUGUAUCCUAAGGAAAACCAAGCAGAAGAAAAAAAGCAGGUAGAAUUCGCUGUCUUAAGAAACAUUACAGAAUUAAGAAGAAUCUAUAGCUUCUACAGUAGCCUAGGAUGUGAUCACUCUCUGGAUAAUACAUUUCUGAUGACAAAGCUUCACUUCUGGAGAUUUCUAAAAGAUUGCAAAUUUCAUCACCACAAUAUAACUCUUGCUGAUAUGGACAGGAUAUUAAGUGCCAACAGUGAUAUACCAGUUGAAGAAAUUCAUUCUCCAUUUAGAACAAUACUUUUGAGAACAUUCUUGAACUAUCUGCUGCGCUUGGCUUACCACAUUUAUCACAAAGACUUUCAAAGCAGAAGUCCAUCGCUCUUUUUGUGUUUCACAAAACUGAUGACUGAGAAUAUCCAUCCAAAUGCCUGCCAAGUAAAAGGCACUUUGUUCAGUGAGCAACAGAGGACACUCUACUCAAUGAAUUACAUUGAUAAGUGCUGGGAGAUUUACAUAGCUUAUUGCACACCAAAUGUAGCUCCACCCAAUGAGCUUACAAUGAAGAUGAGACACUUCCUCUGGAUGUUGAGAGACUUUAGGAUGAUAAAUAAAGAAUUAACUGCAACCAAAUUUGUGGCAGUAAUAGCAGAGGACAAUCCUUUCAUACAUGAUGGGGUCGACAGCAACUUAGAACUUGAGCUGGUUUUCCUGGAAUUCUUUGAAGCUCUCUUAUGCUUUGCAGUCAGCUAUGUUCCUGACCAAAUUAAUAAAUCCUGUUUACAUGCUCAAUAUGAUGAUCUGUUUGGAAACAAAAUUGGAAGUAUUCAAAUGGUAAUGAGUCAGAGCAUCCACAACAGGAGUCCAAGUGUAGUCACGAGCCAUGAGUCUGACGUCGUUACCUUUAGCAACACCAAGUCAUCUUCAAGCAAGUUAGGAUUCUUCCCUGAUAUGAGAUUAAGGAAAUCAGAGCCCAAGAUCAAGAAGUCUCUAAGUGAUGACAAAUGUUCCAAAAUGAAUUUUAAACCUUCAGGAAAAGGGCUGGCCUUCUUAUCCCAGAAUGGGCCUGGAAUACAUAUAGAAGCAGUGAUAGAUGUCAAAGAAGAUAAUGGAUUGCCACACAUUGAUGAAGAAGAUGAUGCUCUUAGUAAAGGACCAGAGAAAAAUGAAAAACCCAAGAAUGACCAGAAGGAGAAGCUCAACACGUGGGUCAAUAACAUGUACGUCUUCUUUGUGAACACGCUCUUCCAGGCAUACAAGCACGAGGAGCUGCUCAAGGAAAAAGUAAAGGAAAACCGGUUGCAGGAUGCAGCCAUAGCUCAACAGAAGAAGAUGGAGAGUGAAGAGCUGGAAGCAAGGCUUAAUAUCUUAAGGGAGGAAGAGGCCAAGAAACAAGAUACUGAGAUGGACAUCCCUGUGAUCAAGGAGCCAGGGGACGCCCUGUCCUCGGCCCUCACACAAAGCCCUCCCAAAGAGGACACAGCUAUGUCCCAGGCCAGCAAGUCCACCCCGAGCAAGAAGAAGAGGAAGUAAAGGCACGUACUGUUGAGGGUGGACUGCAAGGACACAGAGCAGCUCAGGACAGCAGGAACUGUGAUAAAUGUCCUGCACAAUAAAGUUGUUUGCAGUUUA